AUGGCAACGGACCCGACGUCGACGACGGCGCCACGCCGGCUGGUCGAGUACUUCUUCGUCGCGACCAAGACAGGCGCCGGCGACGAGGCGCUCACCUUCCAAUACCCGGCGACGACCGAGGCCGACGAGUACCCGCCCAACAUCCUCAUGUUUAUGUUUCCGUGCACGUCGUCGCCGGCGCAUGGCAGCCUGCUGCCGCCGCCGGUCUACAACACCUUUGUGCUCACGACCGCGUCCGGCGCCGCGCUCUACGGCACGUCCAUCUGCUUUAGCACGCUCACGUCGUCGAGCGACGUGCAGCAUACGCUCACGUCGCUCUGCUUUGUGAGCCAGUGGCCCUUCUGCGGCCCCUUGCUCAAGUACCUCGAGCAGCUCGCGCUCCUUGGCGUGCACCAAGCGCGGCAAGUCGACUAUACCGGCGUUGAGAAGAGCUUGGCCAACCUCUUUUUCGAAGUGCCACUGCCCGUACGCGGCCGGGCAGGCGUCGUCGCCAGCAUUGGCGAUACGGACGUGCUCUUGAAGCGCUACACGAUGCAAGACGUCCCGUUCGAGAUGGACAUGGAGUUUCUCGAGUAUACGUUUGCGAUCCUCACGCCGGAUACGCUGCUCAAUGUGCUCUGCCACCUCUUGCUCGAGCACGCGGUGCUAAUUGUCGGCGUCGACACGCUCUUCGUCACGGCCGUCGCCGAGACGCUUCGGCACUUGCUCUUUCCGCUGCAGUGGGACCACGUCUUUAUCCCCGUGGUGCCACUCGGCGUCGACAUGGCAACCCUCUUGGACGCGCCCGUGCCGUUCGUGGCCGGGGCGCAUCCGCUCCAGCUCGAAGGCGCUGCCUUGCCGCCCACGGUGGUGCGCGUCGAUUUGCCGGAAGGGCGCGUCACGUCGGCCAUCGAGCUGCCGCCGUUGCCCGACGCGGUCGUUGCGAUGAAGGACCGGCUCGCGACCGUGCUCAAGAAGACGUCGUCGCAGCUCUCGCGGCGGCUCUGGGAGCGCCGAAUGGCCUUCCAGAAGGCGCUCUACUCCAACAACAAGGGCGACCUGAUGUACGAGCGCGGCAAGUUUCUCCUCGGGUCCUCGGCGCUGGUCCGCAAGGUGGCCAAGUCCUUUACGCAUUUGAUUGGAGACCUCGUGGCCGGGCACGAGCACUGCUUGCGCGGCGAUGUUGUCGCUUACGUGUGCACAAAGCCAGCGUCGCAACAGGCGUUCUAUACGGCGCUCGCCGACACGAAUGCGUUCCAGGCCUUCUUGGAUGGCAUGGCGUCGCCACACGAGGCGUCGCGGGCGGUGCGCUUCUUUCGCCUGCAGCAUCCGCCGACGACCAUCAAGAGCCCACUGCUGUCGCCGACUGCGCAAGAGAACUCGCAAUUUCACGUCGCAAUGGCCCCCGAUACGCCGGCGCUGCAGCUGCAAAACGACGCGUCGAACCUCCAGUUCCACGUGACGUUUCCGAACCUGGACGUCGCCGCCUUUGGCCCGGUUCGCCAACUGACAGAGAUCGAGCCGGACGACGACGUAGAUUGCGUGCUCGUGGGUCGUCGCAGCAGCAGCACCGUCACCACCCCCGAGGCACGGGCGUCCGUCCUCGAUUGGCUCGACACGUGGUUGCGCUCGUCCGAGAAAGGAAAGGCCGUCCAGUCCGUCUUUCGUCGGACCAAGACGCUGGGCAGCCCGACGACUCGACCGUCGCCGCUGCACCGGACGCAGAGUCAGAACGCCUCGCGUCGUGACGGUGCGUCGUCGUUCGUGCUAUGUUUUCUCGACGGCAGGGAUAGGCCAACGCCCGUGGCUGCUCACGUCGUGCUCGCCCGCCUGCGCGUCGCGGGUGACGCGGGCCACGAUUGCGCUUGA